AUGCCAUCCCCUCCGCGGCCGGGAGAGGCCGGGCCACAGGGCUUGGCGCCGCGUCCCGGGUGGGGGCAGCCGAGGGAGGCGCCCCCCGCAAGGCCGGGCGCCCCGAAGAGCCCGCGGCCAGCCCGGCCCCGCCUCGGGGACCCGAUAGGAGAUCGGUCCCCGCCGAGGCCCCUGCCCGACCGCUCUCCCGCUUCGACUCACCGCCGGUGUGUCUUCUGGUUCUCAGCCGCGAGCUGGGGCUGCCGUGAGGAGGCGGCGGAGGAGACGAGAUCCGGGGCCCCGCCGCCGGGUCAUCAUACCCCCUGCGCGAGCCGGCCCGGGCCCCGGCCCCCGCCCCCCGGAGCCGUCCCCGCGCCCGUCCCGCGGGGGGAGCCCUCUCAGCUUCCCGCCCGCUCCACCGCCCGGCCCCUCUCCGCCGCCGCCGCCGCCUCUGACCCGCGCGCUCCCUCCUCGGCCUCCCGCUGCUGUCCGGGGCCACCGCCGGGCCCCUAG